AUGACGACUAGGACCAGGAGUUUUCCUGACCUCACAAGCGACCUGUGCAAGAAAAACUCUGGCCCCUAUAGUUACCUGACCAUAUGGGGCCCUGGGCCCAACUCUAGGGGCCCUGGUCCCAACUCUAGGGGCCCUGGGCCCAACUCUAGGGGCCCUGGGCCCAACUCUAGGGGCCCUGGUCCCAACUCUAGGGGCCCUGGUCCCAACUCUAGGGGACCUGGGCCCAACUCUAGCGGCCCUGGGCCCAACUCUAGGGGCCCUGGGCCCAACUCUAGGGGACCUGGGCCCAACUCUAGGGGCCCUGGGCCCAACUCUAGGGGCCCUGGGCCCAACUCUAGCGGCCCUGGGCCCAACUCUAGCGGCCCUGGGGCCAACGCUAGCGGCCCUGGGUCCAACUCUAGCGGCCCUGGGUCCAACUCUAGGGGCCCUGGUCCCAACUCUAGCGGCCCUGGGCCCAACGCUAGCGGCCCUGGGCCCAACUCUAGCGGCCCUGGGCCCAACUCCAGGGGCCCUGGGCCCAACUCCAGGGGACCUGGGCCCAACUCUAGGGGCCCUGGGCCCAACUCUAGCGGCCCUGGGCCCAACUCUAGCGGCCCUGGGCCCAACUCUAGGGGCCCUGGUCCCAACUCUAGGGGACCUGGGCCCAACUCUAGGGGCCCUGGGCCCAACUCUAGGGGCCCUGGGCCCAACUCUAGGGGCCCUGGGCCCAACUCUAGGGGCCCUGGGCCCAACUCUAGCGGAGCCCUGGGCCCAACUCUAGCGGCCCUGGGCCCUGGGCUAGCGGCCCUGGGGCCAUCUCUAGCGGCCCUGGGCCCAUCUCUAGCGGCCCUGGGCCCAACUCUAGGGGCCCUGGGCCCAACUUUAGCGGCCCUGGGCCCAACUCUAGCGGCCCUGGGCCCAACUCUAGCGGCCCUGGCGGGGCCCAUCUCUAGCGGCCCUGGGCCCAACUCUAGGGGCCCUGGGCCCAACUUUAGCGGCCCUGGGCCCAACUCUAGCGGCCCUGGGCCCAACUCUAGCGGCCCUGGGGCCAUCUCUAGCGGCCCUGGGCCCAUCUCUAGCGGCCCUGGGCCCAACUCUAGGGGCCCUGGGCCCAACUUUAGCGGCCCUGGGCCCAACUCUAGCGGCCCUGGGCCCAACUCUAGCGGCCCUGGGCCCAACUCUAGCGGCCCUGGGCCCAACUCUAGCGGCCCUGGGGCCAUCUCUAGCGCCCUGGGCCCAUCUCUAGCGGACCCUGGGCCCAACUCUAGGGGCCCUGGGCCCUUUAGGGGCCCAACUCUAGCGACCCUGGGCCCAACUCUGGGCCCUGGUCCCAACUCUAGCGGCCCUGGGCCCAACGCUAGCGGCCCUGGGCCCAACUCUAGCGGCCCUGGGGCCAUCUCUAGCGGCCCUGGGCCCAACUCUAGGGGCCCUGGGCCCAACUUUAAGCCCUGGGGGCCCUGGGCCCAACUCUGCGACCCUGGGCCCAACUCUAGCGGCCCUGGGCCCAACUCUAGCGGCCCUGGGGCCAUCUCUAGCGACCCUGGGCCCAUCUCUGCGACCCUGGGCCCAACUCUAGGGCCCUGGGCCCAACUUAGCGGCCCUGGGCCCAACUCUGCGGCCCUGGGCCCUCUAGCGGCCCUGGGCCCAACUCUAGCGGCCCUGGGCCCAACUCUAGCGGCCCUGGGGCCAUCUCUAGCGGCCCUGGGCCCAUCUCUGCGACCCUGGGCCCAACUCUGGGGCCCUGGGCCCAACUCUGCUGGGCCCAACUCUAGCGGCCCUGGGCCCAACUCUAGCGGCCCUGGGCCCAACUCUGCCCUGGGCCCAACUCUAGCGACCCUGGGUCCAACUCUAGCGGCCCUGGGUCCAACUCUAGGGGCCCUGGUCCCAACUCUAGCGGCCCUGGGCCCAACGCUAGCGGCCCUGGGCCCAACUCUCCCUGGGCCCAACUCUGGGCCCUGGGCCCAACUCUGCGACCCUGGGCCCAACUCUAGCGGGCCCAACUCUAGCGGUCCUGGGCCCAACUCUAGGGCCCUGGGCCCAACUCCCCCUGGGGCCAACUCUAGCGACCCUGGGCCCAACUCUAGCGGACCUGGGCCCAACUCUAGGGGCCCUGGGCCCAACUCUAGGGCCUGGGCCCCAACUCUGGGCCCUGGGCCCAACUCUGCGGCCCUGGGCCCAACUCUAGCGACCCUGGGCCCAACUCUAGCGGCCCUGGGGCCAUCUCUAGCGGCCCUGGGCCCAUCUCUAGCGGCCCUGGGCCCAACUCUAGGGGCCCUGGGCCCAACUUUAGCGGCCCUGGGCCCAACUCUGCGCGGCCCUGGGCCCAACUCUAGGGGCCCUGGGCCCAACUCUAGCGGCCCUGGGCCCAACUCUAGCGGCCCUGGGCCCAACUCUAGCGGCCCUGGGCCCAACUCUAGCGGCCCUGGGCCCAACUCUAGCGGCCCUGGGUCCAACUCUAGCGGCCCUGGGUCCAACUCUAGGGGCCUGGUCCCAACUCUAGCGGCCCUGGGCCCAACGCUAGCGGCCCUGGGCCCAACUCUAGCGGCCCUGGGGCCAUCUCUAGCGGCCCUGGGCCCAACUCUAGGGCCCUGGGCCCAACUUAAACAUGACCCUGGGCCCAACUCUAGCGGCCCUGGGCCCAACUCUAGCGGCCCUGGGCCCAACUCUAGCGGCCCUGGGCCCAACUCUAGCGGCCCUGGGCCCAACUCUAGCGGUCCUGGGCCCAACUCUAGGGGCCCUGGGCCCAACUCUAGCGGCCCUGGGGCCAACGCUAGCGGCCCUGGGUCCAACUCUAGGGGCCCUGGUCCCAACUCUAGGGGCCCUGGGGCCAACUCUAGCGGCCAUGGGCCCAACUCUAGCGGCCCUGACAGGUGUCCUGUUCCGCAGCUCAAAACACGACAGGAUAAUAAUGAAAUCAAGCGAGGCCAACAAACGUUCCUUCUGGUCGGCAGAAACACACGAAACCAAUACAAGCGCCCUCGUAUUUAA